AUGCCCCGAUAUUAUGAGGACAAGCCAGAGGGUGGCGCGUGCUCUGGCGUGAAGGAGGACCUGGGCGCAUGUCUGCUGCAGUCGGACUGUGUGCUUAAGGAAGGAAAAACUCCUCGGCAAUGUUUGAAGGAAGGAAGCUGCAAAGCUUUGCAGUAUUCAUUUUUUGAAUGUAAAAGGUCUAUGGAACAACAAAUACCUUCUCUUUUGGUGAUGAGAUGCAAAGGGUCCAAGAUAUUUAUGACCGAGGAGGACAAACAAAGCACUGGAGCCCGGUUUCUAACUAAUCAGCUACAAGAAGAGUGUAAAGCCGGCCAUGCUUUGUUUCCUUUCCAGAAUGGCAGGGGUGUGCCAUGUUUUCCUGUCAUUGAAUGUGAAAAACAGAAGAAUUUCUCUUGCCUGCCUUCAGGUAAUUUUGAUGCCCAUGAAAGUAAACACCCUAGACUUCAGAGAUGUUCAGACAAUUGUGAAAUCGUGAAGAAAAGUUAG